CCCUGGGCACAGUGGCUGGGCCUGGCUGGAGGGAGGAGCCGUCUGUCUGCCGGUGUCCGGUAUCCGUCCUCUGCCCCCGCCCCCAGGCGGUCUGAGUGGCCGGAGCCGAGUCCCCGCCCGCCGAGGCUUCCUCCCCGGAGUGGUGCCUCCCUGAGAGUCGGUGCCUGAAGCCCAGCGGGACGGGACCACCUGCGGCCCUGACCUCUAACCUGCGCCCGGUGAGCCAGCGGGACCCAACCACGCCGGGGAGCGGCCCACCAGCCACCAGGCGGCCAGCCCGAGGAGUGGUGACAGCGCAGGAGCUCCUGGCUUGGGGGGAAGGGAGGAAGGAGGAGAAACAAAGGCGAGUGUGCCUGGCGCCGCCCACCAUGUGUCAGUCAGAGGCACGGCGAGGACCUGAGCUCGGAGCAGCGAAAUGGUGAGAUGCUGCCGGCCCCGUGCUAACCCCACUGUGCCCCGCCACGACCUCCGGAAGGUCAGAGUUCACGUCCAGCGGCCCCGCGGUGGAGGUGGCGGCAGGGGGCCAGGGGAUCAGCCCCCGAGGCUGGAGGGGCCCGGCCCAGGGGGCCUGAGUCGGAGAGCCCGCUUCAGGUUGCACUUCCCUCAGCUGGCCCUGAGGCGGAGGCUGGGACAGUUGAGCUGUAUGUCCAGACCCGCCCUGAAACUGCGCUCCUGGCCCCUGACGGUCCUCUACUACCUCCUGCCCUUCGGUGCCCUCAGACCGCUCAGCCGGGUGGGAUGGAGGCCCGUGAGCAGGGUGGCCCUGUACAAGUCGGUGCCCACGCGCCUGCUGUCGCGGGCCUGGGGCCGCCUCAACCAGGUGGAGCUGCCGCACUGGCUGCGCCGGCCUGUCUACAGCCUGUACAUCUGGACGUUCGGUGUGAACAUGAAGGAGGCCGCCGUGGAGGACCUGCACCACUACCGCAAUCUCAGCGAGUUCUUCCGGCGCAAGCUGAAGCCGCAGGCCCGGCCCGUCUGUGGCUUGCACAGCGUGAUCAGCCCGUCAGACGGGAAGAUCCUGAACUUUGGGCAGGUGAAGAACUGCGAGGUGGAGCAGGUGAAGGGGGUCACCUACUCGCUGGAGUCGUUCCUGGGUCCGCGCACUUCCACGGAUGACCUGCCCUUCCCGCCAGCCACCCCCUGCGGCUCCUUCAGGAACCAGCUGGUCACUCGAGAAGGGAACGAGCUCUACCACUGUGUCAUCUACCUGGCCCCCGGGGACUACCACUGCUUCCACUCCCCCACUGACUGGACAGUUUCCCACCGGCGCCAUUUCCCAGGCUCCCUGAUGUCCGUGAACCCCGGCAUGGCCCGCUGGAUCAAAGAGCUUUUCUGCCACAACGAGCGGGUGGUCCUCACUGGGGACUGGAAACACGGCUUCUUCUCGCUGACGGCCGUGGGGGCCACCAACGUGGGCUCCAUACGCAUCUACUUUGACCGGGACCUGCACACGAACAGCCCGCGCUACAGCAAGGGCUCCUACAAUGACUUCAGCUUCGUGACACACACCAACAAGGAGGGCAUCCCCAUGCGCAAGGGCGAGCACCUGGGCGAGUUCAACCUGGGCUCCACCAUCGUGCUCAUCUUUGAGGCCCCCAAGGACUUCAACUUCAAGCUGAAAGCAGGACAGAAGAUCCGGUUCGGAGAGGCUCUGGGCUCCCUCUAGAGCCUCCUUCCUGGCGGCUGAGGAAAGCUACUGAGGGAGCUUUCUCAACAGAAACGGGAGGGUCUUUUACGGGGAGCCUCCACAGCUGUCUGGGGAGGGGACAGUCUCAGGGCUAUGGGGCCCGACCAUGCAGGACCUGGCUGACUAGUUCCUGCCGUUCUGAGGUGUGGGUGAGGUCAGAGCCCAUGUCGGCCCUGGACCUACGUCGUCCCUCUUCCCACCCUAAAGAGAACAUGCAGGCCAAGAUCUCAAAUUCCCUUUUGGAGAUUUUUUAACCUAUUGUAUAAACUGGAGACCCUAUACAUCUCUUGGCUGGGUGUUCAGUUGGUCUUCAUUUCUGUUGUAAGACAGAAGUGGUUAUAUACGUUCCUGCUGCUCUCAUCAUUGCUUUUCAGCCUCCCCUGCACUGACUGGGCUGUGCUGCCCCCGGAGCAGCGCCAUGUGGCCUUUAACACAACCGCUUUCUGUUCCCAAUUCACCCCACUCUGCUCGUUUGGGAAAAGCUGUCUCUUUGCACUUGUGGCUGAACACCUCCUCCUUGACUCCGCCAGCAUCACACGAGGGGGACUGAUGGCAUGGCACUUGACUGGCCCCAGUGAGUGACCUUCCAGAGCUGGCGAGUCCUCUUUCCAGUAGGCAAGACCAGUUAUUGAACCCCCGCCCCCCAGUGGUGUCCAGAGUGAAUGGACAGGCAGGUAGUGGCGGCCAGGCAGGGGCCAGGGGAGAGCUCGUUCCACUCCCCACCCCACCCCCAUAUCCACACCCACAGAAACGUGGUAAGUUGCUGCUAUUGAUUCAGGGGCUUGUGUUGGAGGCAGAGGAAGGAGCCUUGGUGUAUUGGGAGGGGGGCGGGUCAGUGCCUACAACACCUGUCCCCAGGUAACAGGUACACGGUCCUUAGGGAGCCACGGACAGUGGGGGCCAGGGUUCAGGUUUCCUGGGGACGCUGUGAAUUUCUCCUGCAGGAGAAGCCAUUUGAACUCUUUCAACUGUAUCAGUAGCACAGUAUUUUUGUAUGAAAAGUGGGAGACUUCUGACCAGUAAUUCAUUUAAUUGCCACAUUUUGAAAUAAAAAAUAAAACUCAAA